UUGGAAUUGCCUUGUACUCCCCCACUGGAAAACAAGCAGCGCAAAACCUUUCCAUCCAAGAUACCUACACAGCACCUUUUGACGAACGGGUCUAAAUCGAGAAACCUCCCCAAAAUGAGAGGUCCAAACAGUAAGUUAAUGGAGAACAGGCCAUCAGUAUUAGCAAAAUUUCUCCCCAGUGGUUCUGGACAGGAGCUAGGAAACACCAGCAGCUCAGAAGGGGAAAAGGAUUCUCCACCACCAGAGUGGGACUCUGUGCCUCUUCACAAAGCUGGCAGCUCUACGGACAACCUUUAUAAACUCUCUCUACAAACCCUGAACGCAGAUGCCUUCCUGAAACAGCGACAGCCUUCGCCGACACCCGCCUCUCCAUCUCCUCCUCCUCUUCCCACAUCUUUAGCCUUUGGGCCACGAGGAGGCACUUACAGCAGCAUUGUGAACAGCAGCUGCAGCAAUGAAACGAAAAGCAAGCAGCCUAAUGGUACCAAACAUAAGCUGGCAAAGGCAGCUUCUCUUCCAGGCAGGAAUGGUAACCCCACUUUUGCUGCUGUAGCUGCAGGUUAUGACAAGAGCCCAGGUGGCAGUGGUUUACCAAAGGUUUCUCCAAGCAAGACAGAUGUUUCCAGCAAUAUCAGCGUUUCCCACACAGUUGUUGACAGUGAUGGCUCUGACAGUUCGGGUUUGUGGAGUCCUAUCAGCAAUCCCAGCAGUCCUGACUUCACACCUCUCAACUCAUUCUCUGCAUUUGGACAUUCUUUUAACUUAACUGGAGAGGUUUUUAGCAAACUUGGUUUAGCUCGAUCUGCUUACGGGCAGGAUGUUCAGAGAAACUGGAGUGAAUUCAAUAACGUUCCAUCAUCCAUCUGGGAUCCUUCAGCUACAGACUCCGUACCCUCCUGGCCAACAAGCUCAAGUUCCCCAACUCAUACAACUGCAUCAAUCCUUGGCAACCCAAGUGGUCUGUGGUCCACCACUCCGUUUAGCAGUUCCAUUUGGUCAAGUAACCUCAACAGUGGUCUUCCCUUCACCACUCCAACAAACGCGUUGUCAGGCAUCGAUCUCAUGGGUAGUGAAAACUCCUCUGCUGCUCCUCCUCCGCCCACUGCUUGCUGAAGACAUGGGACAGACCUACAAUCCUUGGAGAAUCUGGAGCCCAACAAUUGGAAGAAGAAGUUCAGAUCCUUGGUCUAAUUCACACUAUCCUCAUGAAAACUGAAGUUAAGCAAAAGGAAAGAACUCUUAUCCAGGUCAUGAUACAAUUCUGAAUACAAAUUUUUGAAGCAUCAUUUUCAGGCUGUUGCUGGUCAUUGGUCCCCACCCCUGCCCCUUUUUCCUCCAUCAGUCAUGCUUUUAUCACUUGCUCCUUUUUAAAGUCUGUCCUGCAAUAUGGUAGUGUGAGAUUGCAGAUAAGCUUGAAAAAGUCUGGAUGUGGUCCCAAAUCCCAACUACAGCUGAAGCCUGUAGAUCCAGACAAUUUCACUGGUUUCAUAUUUUACCAUCUGCCAUCUUUAUUUAGGAAACAAUUUGAUCUAUAAAAUGGUCAUGGCAUGCAAUACUUUUAUGAAAAGUACCGGCUUGGGUUUUAAAUUUUUUUUUUCCAGUAUUAUCCUCCAAGUUCUAAUUUAAAAUCAAAAGGCACUUUGUGCUAAAAUGCAGAGUAUUUUUUUAAAAUAAGGCUGUCUUUUGUUAACACAGGUUCUAAGAAUGUAAAAAAAAAA